UGUUUUUGUUGUAUCCGGAAGAAUAUUUAAAGUUAGCUCGUUUAUUAAAUUUAACUUAACUUAUAUAUGUUAUAAGAGGUUAUUCAGUUUCUCUGUAUUAAUCGUUGGUAGUAGAGAGUGUGAAACUGGUGCUGGCUACCUGCUGCUGGUGUGUAAGCUGUAUAUGAUGGUGUAGCUCGCUAACCUCUAUAGUAGCUAAGGUGCAGCAUGAAAGCCAUGAUCAUGAGGCAGUGUGUUCUCCAUGGACCUAGUGGAUCAUGUCUCUGAUCCUGUUUGCCUUCGUGGUUCGGGUGAGGGAUGGACUCCCCCUGUCGGCCUCCACAGACUUUGAACACAACCGAGAGCUCCAGGAGAGGAAGCAGCAGCUCAGGACCAUCAGCAAGGCACUGGCCCGUUUCCCUGACAGAGGGACCGUCAAGGGCCAGGAGCUCAACAUAUACUUCGUCUCGUCGGAGGGUGUAUCCUACAUGACCGUGUGCCACUGUAGCCUCCCCGUUGCUAAGGCCUUCUGCUUCCUGGAAGAUCUGCGCUGGGGGUUCACAGCAUGCUUCGAUAGCACUGUCGUUGCCUUGGCAGCCAGGCCAUAUCCAUUUUUGGAAUUUGACAGCACCAUUCAGAAGCUGAAGCAGCAGUACAACCAGAGCGGUGGUCCGGCCCUGGAGGUGACGCUGGCGGAGGUCCAGGGGGAUCUGAGGAUCCAUCCACCACAAGUAAUUAACUUGGAGGAAGUGGAGCUCACCAACGGCAUUGCAAAUGGACACAUGGAGCAAGGUCCUGGAUCUGGCCAGAAUGUAAGACUGGAACCAGUGACAGCGCCAGGCAUCCUCUCUCUGGUCCUAAAUAUCAUGUGUGCAUCUUUGAACAUAAUCCGUGGUGUUCACCUCAUAGAGUACACAUUCCAGGAUGAUUAUGACGGUAUAUGGAAUGUCGUGGCAUUUCUUCUGGCGUUUUUCUGCUGUGUGUUUCAGUGCCACCUCUACUUGUUCCACUCACCUCUGAAGAAACUCAAGUCCUUCACUCUGCUGAGUGUGAUCGUCCUAUGCAACCUCUACCUGCUCGGCCCGAGGAACGCCUGGCAGCUGAUCUUCCACAUUUCAGUCGCCUCCCUCGCCACCGUCCUCAUCCUCACCCGCAAACUCCAAGACAGAACCAAUGACUGCGGGGUCUGAGGAGCAGAGGACACUUUACCGCGUUGCACCUCUCGCAGCUCUUUCAGUGCAGGUGAGAAUGACGGGGAGUUAUCAAGACGUCAUGUGGAUUUUUAACAAAAACAAAACAUUUACAAAUCGUCAUGGAAACGUCUUGUGUCGUCAUGGAAAACUAUAAUUACAAGUUAAUAUUUUCUUGUAUACAGUAUGUACUUGCACUUUGUGUACAUUUGUUUCCAAGACUGUAAAGAGGAUACAGUGAAAUAUCUGCAAACAGAUACUAACAGAAAAGUCUGUUUAAGAAACAAAAUGUUUGUGCCAUCAUGUCCCAACAUUUUUUAGAAGUAAACAGAGUUUUUUUCAGUCGGAGUUGCUGACCAAAGUUUUUCACGUAGAGACAAUAAUUUUGUCACAACCCUAACUGUUGAAGCCGGUCACGCUCGCUCAUUCAGCUCAGUAUUAUUUCUGCUUCCGCAAGCCAUUGAUUUAGCUUUGUAUAAUCAGUUUACGAUGCUAAGUGACAGAUGGUGAUUGUAACAGACGUAAGAGUUAAGUGUUCUUCUAAAAUAGGCACACGUGGCGGAUUAGCAGUAGGGGUGUAAAUCACAAG